AGAACAUUAUUAUUCUGAGAGCGAGAUUGUUGUCCAUUUUUCUCUUGUCGUCGGGAAUUUUGCUUUCGUAGAAUAUUUUUUUAACUUUUUUUUGUAUUAAAAAAAUAUUUUCAAAAAAUUUCCUCCUACCACCAUUUAGCGUUAUACACACCACAUCCAACCACAUUAUUAAAAUAAAAACGAAUAAAAUUUAAUAAUUCUUUUGAGAACGACAAUUUAUGUCCAAAGUUUUUGUGUAUCGGCAUAAAAAAAAAUUAUUUAUCGCCUCCAGUGCUCGCUAAAAAAAAACUACGUGGGAAAUAGUCGUCGUCGUCAGAAAGCAGCAGAACAGAAGAAAGCAGAAAGAAAAUGGGUUUGACUAUUUCCAGCCUCCUCACCCGCCUAUUUGGCAAAAAACAAAUGCGGAUAUUAAUGGUUGGCUUGGAUGCAGCUGGUAAAACCACGAUCCUAUACAAAUUGAAACUCGGUGAAAUUGUUACAACCAUACCUACAAUUGGCUUCAAUGUCGAAACUGUCGAAUACAAAAAUAUCUGCUUUACUGUGUGGGAUGUUGGUGGACAAGAUAAAAUUCGACCAUUGUGGCGUCAUUAUUUCCAAAACACUCAGGGUCUAAUUUUUGUUGUGGACUCAAAUGAUAGAGACAGAAUAAAUGAGGCUGAAAAGGAAUUGCAAAAUAUGCUGCAAGAGGACGAAUUGCGAGAUGCGGUUCUUUUAGUAUUUGCUAAUAAGCAAGACUUACCGAAUGCAAUGAGUGCAGCUGAGCUCACAGACAAACUACGUUUGAAUCAACUCCGUCAACGACAUUGGUACAUUCAAGCUACUUGUGCUACACAAGGUCAUGGGCUGUACGAAGGUCUCGACUGGCUGUCGAAUGAGCUUGCUAAAAAAUGAUGCCACUCAGAUGUUUUAAAAUAAAUUUUCACCAAGGAUCUUUAUAUAUAUAUAUGUAUAUGUAAACACACACACAUAAUAAAUAUAAAUAAGUAUAAAACAAAAAAGUAAGUGAGCCCAAGAGAGAAAGAUGUUUAGAACCGUAUACAUUCGAUGGAAAUAUGAAUUCAAAGUCAUUAAAAGAAAUAAAUAGUAAAUAAUUCAUUAUACAAAUAUUCAAGAAUAAAAAUUAUGUAACAAAUGGAAAA